UACAGUCAAUCCUAGCCCACUUAACCAUUCACCAUUGAAAAAGUUUGGUAACUGCGCAACGGAAAAAAUCAGUACUACUACUAUUUUAAUACCACAUUCGCCUGAUAUUUCCUCUUACUUCUCUUUUUCCCUAUAAAUACCACUUAUCCAUCCCACCUCCCAAAUUCCCAUUUUAUCAACACUCCAUUUUCACACCAAGAAGAAGAAGAGGUUGGGAUUUUCCAUUUUUCUGGCCUUCCUUAAAAAAUCAAUCCCCCUCUUUCUUCUCCAUUUUCUUAAGCAUGUCUCACUCUGUCGUCAUUUUCUCUCUCCUCGCCCUUUCUCUCCUCCUCCAACUACUUCCAGGAGAUGCAACAACAUUUACAAUAACAAACAACUGCGACUACACUGUAUGGCCUGGAUUACUCUCUAACGCAGGAGUAGCACCACUCUCAACUACCGGAUUCUCUCUCCAAAAGGGCGAAUCAAAAUCCAUAAACCCACCCUCAAAUUGGGCGGGUCGUUUCUGGGGUCGGACCUUCUGUUCCACCGACAAAACCGGUAAAUUCUCCUGCUUAACCGGCGAUUGUGGGUCAGGAAAAAUCGACUGUUCCGGCGCCGGAGCAAUCCCACCGGCGACACUUGCCGAGUUCACACUCGACGGUUCAGGCGGGAUGGAUUUCUACGAUGUUAGCCUUGUGGAUGGGUACAAUCUAGCUAUGCUAGUGGCACCGCGCGGCGGGGGUGGACCUAACUGCUCGUUUACUGGUUGCGUGAGUGACUUAAACGGCGCGUGUCCGACGGAAUUGAAGGUGAUGAGUGAGGAAGAAGAGAGUACAGUCGCGUGUAAAAGCGCGUGUGAGGCUUUUAAUAGUCCGCAGUAUUGUUGUAGUGGGGCUUAUGGAUCGCCUGACACGUGUCAGCCUUCGAGUUAUUCGUCGGUGUUUAAGAAGGCAUGUCCACGCGCUUAUAGUUACGCGUAUGAUGAUAAGAGUAGUACUUUUACUUGUAAAGGCUCGCCUGAUUAUACUAUCACCUUCUGCCCUUCGCCAACUACCAGCCAAAAGGCAUCAUCAUCGGACAACGACGACGAUGAGACACCAUCAACACCAACACCGUCAUCAGAUGUGAUAAUGAACAGUUCAAUGAUAUAUGAAGGUGCUCUGGAUGCAUCAUCAUCACUGUCCACAUCCAUUUAUGUCCUACAUUCGCGGCUAGUUGCCGGUGGGGUCGCCGCCUUGAUAGCCAUCUGGCAGUUGUCACAACUCUUAUAAUUCACAUUUAGCCUGUGAUGGACGUUGUUAUCAGGUCCAAAAAUUAUAGAGAAAGUCCCAACUAACUUUAACUUAUUCGUAGUACAAAUUCAUUUCCAUCAAGAGAUGAGGACUUUUGGUCUUUUCCUGGCAUAUGAUCCCCUACUACAGUACUACUUGUGGUAAUGGGCUGGUGAUGGGCCUUAAAUCCUUUCUGGACCAGAUGGUGAUGAUGAACUAAUUCAUUAUAAACCGUGAUUGAGAGAGAAUUCAGAUUAUUUGGUGGGUAGUUGAAUUUUUUUAUUAGUAUUCUUUUUUAUUUGAGAAAAAAUUGAAUUAGGUUUAUAGUUUUUUUUUCCCUUGAGUGUGAUAUAGGUUAGACAUAGAAGGGAUUAGUGAUUGUAAUAUAUAGAAGUUGCUAUUAUUAAGUUGCUACCACUGAGGUUGGUGUUUAGGAAUAUUAUUAUUGAUUUAAUUUUGUCAUUCUAUUUUAUUUUUCUUGGUCUA